AUAUAAACAUUAUUGGUGUAUAAUUCAUGUAUUACAAAUUAUAGAAAGAUUUGAUACAUGUUACAAAGGUGUUGAUCAUAUAUUUGUUUGACAAGGUUGAUUUUAUUUUGAUGGGACCAAGUGUUUUUGGAAAGAGAUUGUAAGAGGAUAUAUAUUUUCGUUCGUACCAUUCUCUUUUUGUCGGAGAAUGGUACUAUUCUUUGCUUUAUAAUAAAGCUUCAUUAUAAUUACGAGUAUCGUAAAUGGCAUGUGUUUAGGCUUCUUUAUUUUGAGUGUACCAUGUGACAUUUUGGUGUCAGAAGUGGGAUAGAGCAUGCCAUUUACAGUCACAUGGAAAAACAAUUAAAAAAACAUAGUUCAAGGAAAGGAAUUGAAAUUAUUGAAAAAAAAUUGUGUUAGCUUUGGUAGUAAUUAAUUUUGUUACGAGUUGUGUCCCUGCAAAUUGUAGAUUUCACACAGUGAACAUGGAGUUGGGGAAACUUAUUGAAGCAGGUGAAAAGUUUGGAUUGGGCGGUGAUGAGUUAAAAUUGUUUGUGAAAUCUGAGCAGAAUAGAGCAAGAGAUGAGAGAGUUGAGCAGCUAGAAUUGAAGAAAAGUGAAAAAGAGUUAGCCGAAAUACAGCUUGAGAUCGAGCGGGAAAAGCGCGCAUCUCGCGAGCACAAUGGCGGCGAAGCUAGUUUUGUAGAGAAUGGAAGCGCUAAAGCAAGAGCGCCAAAAUUGCCUCUCUUCAAUCAAGAGAAGGAUGAUAUUGAUGCAUACUUACAAAGAUAUGAACGAUAUGCCAAGAUUCAGAAGUGGCCAGAUACUGAAUGGGCCAUAAACUUGAGUGCUUUGCUUACAGGUAGUGCAUUGGAGGUUUAUGCCCAGUUGUCUAUUGAUGAUGGGAAUAACUUCCAGAUAUUGAAAAAUGCCCUUUUAAAAAGGUUUCAUUUAACAGAGGAUGGUUUUAGAUCCAAGUUUGUUACAGGAAAACCCAAGGCCGGAGAAACUGGGCACCAAUACGCCACCCGCAUGGAGAAUUACCUAGACAGAUGGAUUGAACUUGCAGGCAUCGAGAAGACGUUCGAGGAGCUAAAGGAUCUCAUUCUUCGAGGGCAGUACAUUGAAGGCUGUCAUCGGGAACUUGUUAUAUUCCUUAAGGAACGUCAACCGACCGCUAUGAAACAGACAGCGAGACUGGUGGACCAAUACUUAGACGCAAGAGGAGGAUACUUCAAGACACCUGUCCCUCAGAGACACAACCCGACACAAACUGAAGACACGAAGAGAAGUGAGGGUAAGCCUCCCUCCCAACAUAAUAUACCUCCUGGUAAUCCUUAUCCCAAGACUUGUUUCAACUGUCACCAAACAGGUCAUCUCGCUAGAAAUUGUCCAUCGCCUUCGGUUCCUAAGUCAAGGUCGUGUUACCUCUGCCAUAAAUCUGGUCACUAUGCAAACAAUUGCCCAUACAAUGCUCCCAAAACAGCAGGACUGAUGACAACAGAUGAUACAGAUGUUACAGUACCACACGGACAAGAUUGGUUCCCUCAUGAUUCUGAGGUGUCCGAGCUGCAGACAAUCCAGACCGAUCAUGGUCAUCUCACAUCCACCCAGUAUGUGCCGCGGAGACAAGAGCUCAACGAAGAGAUCGAGAGAAGCCAUAUCGCCCAUUAAGGACCCCCAAGCCCUUGGAGAACCUCGUCAACCCAGAGACAUUAAGGAGAGCACAACAGGAAGACGAAACUCUUGGCCGUGCAAGAGA